AUGAAUGCUAGAGGCAAAACAAAAGACACUAACAAAUCCCGCGAAGAAUUAAAUCUUUUUUGUUGCAGGCCUGAAUUGCAAGGCAACAGUGCUACUGGUAAGUAUCCAAAGGCUGUUUAUAUGCUCGAUAAUGAUGACAAAAGUAUUAUUUUGAAGUGGAUUGAAGAACUCCGAUUUCCUGAUGAAUAUGUUUCAAAUUUGGGGAGAUGUGUGAAUUUGAGCACUCUGCAAAUGUUUGGAAUAAAGAGCCAUGAUUGUCAUGUGAUGAUGCAACGGAUAUUGCCUAUUGCCUUCAAAGAACUUCUUCCGAUUAAUGUGUGGAAGGCAAUAACAGAUUUGUGUCUAUAUUUUAAAGAAUUGACAUCACCAAAUCUUCAAGUUGAUAAUCUUCGGCAAAUGCAUCAAAAUAUUCCAGUAAUUCUCUGUAAAUUGGAACGCAUUUUUCCACCCAGUUUCUUUGACUCAAUGGAACAUCUCCCAAUCCAUUUGGCAUAUGAAGCAUUGUUGGCAGGGCCAGAUCAUAUUCAAACUAUACAACGAAAUAUUCCAAGAAACCUUGUUGGUGCAUCAUCUAGUGGUAUUGAAGAUCACCCACAUAUGUUGACUAUUUUCAAGAAUAUUGGUAGAGUAUUUGGGAAGAAUUCGUCAAGGUUUUUGCAAAAAGAAGAGUAUGAUGCUGCACAUUUGUAUGUCCUUAACAAUUGCCCAGAGGUUACAAACACAUACACUGGGUUAUUCUUUGAUGAAAUCAAAUAUAAAUUCCCAAGGAUCACGGCCAAUCAGCUCCAAAUCAAGUUUGAUACUGAGUUUGCCAAUUGGUUCAAAUCAUAUGUUGGAGAUCCAAGCAAUGAAAUUGACAACAUAUACUUGCGUCAUUUGUCGUUGGGGCCAUUACAAAGGGUGACAUGUUAUCAAGGUUUUUAUGUCAAUGGAUUUAAAUUUCAGACAGUGGAAUACGGGUCGAGAAACAAAACUGACAAUGGUGGAAUUUGUGUAAAGGGGUCGGUGUUAGGUGGAGUUCAACAAGAUUAUUAUGGGCGUUUGUUGGAGGUUGUGAUUUUGGAGUAUCCUGGGCUACCAACCAAAAAAACCACUUUGUUCAAGUGUCAAUGGUUUGACCCUUCUCCAACUUGGACGUUUGUGGAUCGAGAAUUUAAGUUGGUUUCCAUCAACCAAACUCAUUUAUACAAUAAAUAUGAACCAUUUGUCCUAGCAUCACAAGCUAUUCAAGUUUAUUACUGCACAUACCCAAGUAAAAAUGUGACUAGGCGAAACUGGUUGGCAGCUUGCAAAGUGAAGGCAAGAUCGCUAGUAGAAGUUUCGAGCAAUGAAACUUCUUUGCCUUUCCAAGAGGAGUUGUUUACCCAAGUACAUCAUACAAUAAUAGAUGAUGAUCCAAUUCCCGUUCAUCCUGAUGGUGGCUUGGUAGACAUGGUAGAGGAUGAGGAUGAAGAUGAAGAUGCAAUUCAUGAAAGCAUUCUGGAAACAUCAUCCUCUGAAGCUGAUGAUUUAGAUGAUAUAGAAUAG